UUUCGAAGAGGAAAACCGCGACGUAUGAUAACAGAAGAUGAUAGGAAUGCUGCAGCAGUGCCAGACCUGGGAUUGAAUAACAACCUCAAGAUACACAUUCCAAACAAAUGGGCUUGUUACUUACAGUCACCCAUUCCAGUCCAGCUAUAUCCAUCCUAUUUUAACCAAUAUGACAUCACUUGCUGACUUACGACGUCGAUUUGCAUGUUCGGAUGGGAAAACACAAAGUGACACUGGGAGUAGUGGUGUGAUCAGAAAUGGUACCAGUCCAGAAAACAACAGAGCUAAAGGUGACACAGGCACAAUUGAAAUAACAGAAAAUCAAACAUGGCUGAACAAAAUCGAGUUCCAGGGUAACCGUGCUGAAGAUUGGCUAGAGUACAUUCGCUAUGUCAGCCAGCAUACAGAUUUUCCAAAUGAGGUCAAGAAACACAACUACCUUUCUGGCAUGUAUGAACGAGCAUUCAAGGUAAUUGAUGUUGUGAGUAAUAAGAGGAAUGAGGCCUAUGCCCAGCUCUUCAUGGAAUGUGCCAAACUAAAAAGUGUGUUUUGCCCAGAAGAUGCCAUUCAGAUGAUGAAUCAGGCCAGAGCCAUUGUCCGAAGGUUUGCUAUGGUCCAUGUGAUGGCUGCAGAGUUUGAAUAUAAACAAGAUGAUGAAACCAAAGCCAGAAAGAUAUUGGAAAAGGCCUUAUUGUUUGGAGCAGAGCCAUCCAGUAUGAUAGAAACUGCCCUGGAGCUUCUGACUGAAGGACAGGAGAGUCUGCUGAAGGAGCCUGGUCAAUCAAAGCCCAGCCAGCCAAAGCCUAGUCGACCAGUACACCCUCCUCCCCGAUCCAAGGAACCAGCCCGGAUCAGAAAGAUAAACCUGCCAUUUAGAGAAGUGGAAGGGGACUUGAAUGGUGACAAGGAAAAUGACACUGGCCUCUCUCUCGAUCAUCAAAAUCAGGACACAAACACUGUCCACCCCCACGAUCCAAGACAGCAGGACACACACACCAACUAUGCUCUUGGCUCAACAUCUAUGACCCACUCCUCUGGCUACUGCUCUUUGAUGGACAUAAGUAUUCCUACAGAAACUAAAAUGUCACCCCCUCAGUCUGAGGACUACAAAACUCCCUUACCCUGUGAAGAACACCUGAAACACAAAUCCCCUAAGGAUCCUGUGCUGACAGAGAGUGGGCCACAUCAGGAGGUAGCUUCAGCUCGACGACCAUUACAAGUGUUGGAGGGUCCCCCAAAGCCAAUGGACUGGCAGCCUGUCUUAGCACCAAGGAUGAACCUAGAACAGAUGUGUUGUAAUCAAAAUAAUCAUGAUUCUAGCCAGCCACCUUUGUCUUCAGAAAAACACUUUCCAAAGUCUCACCCACUUGUUCCUCUAGAGAAACAUAGUAACCUUCCAAAGUCAUUUUCUUCUUCAAGUGUUUCUGUGCCUAUGGAACAUGACCAGGGUCAACCCUAUUAAGACAAAAUCAGUGUCGUCCAGUCAGCUUCCUUGUAGGGAACCCCACAUUAAACCUAUCGUACCAGAGCCUCAUCGUGGUACUAUGACUGAUGUAGAGGAACCCAAAAAUAGGCUAAAGGUGCUCCAACCUCCGAGAUCUCCACAACCCACUACGGACAGCAGAGUCCCUCCAUUGCCAUCAGUUCCUCCCAAAGGGAUAGCCAUGAUGGGGCCUACGCCAGUCAAACAAAACACAAGACAGCUGACCAGUAGUCAAAUGGUAACUCCCUGUAUGAAAGGGGUUCCUGCUCCUGCUGUACCCAGCACACCUAG